AUGAAGCAAGGUUUCGCAAAAAUAAAGGUCAUAGAAGACCCUGCACUUCCGAUGAAUUUCAUUGCAACUGUCGACAAUCACGGGAAUGCACUGACGGAGAAAGUUCUACGGACCCCUUUAAACUUGCUCGACAAAGAUGAGAAAAUCGCACUGGCAGAGAGCAUUGGCGUAGGUAACAGUUGUUGCUCCACUGACGGUAGUGUGGAUAAUCAGUGGGCAAUGACAAAGGAUGAAAAGGCGACAUCCAUGCUUGAGGAACAAAUGGAUACCGUGUGGAAUUUUGUGGCCCAAAAUAACGAUUUCAUUGAAUAUUCGCAAUCUCUCAGAAGUUGA